UGGUGACGUGCUCGGUAGCAACAUUGAAUCCUGUCGGUCUUGUUUUCAUUUACAAAUAAGAGCAAAUAGUGUAUUGGCUACAUUACAAACAAUUUUAUUAAUUCGUUUAUUACUACAUGCUCUAUUGUUCAUGAAGUUGAUUCUCUACGUUAUUUUCUGGGUGUGUAAAUCGAGAAGGCCGACCCGUCAAUGCAGUGCAACCCAAGUUUUUUUUUUUUUUUUUUUUUUUAAACCCAAACUACUAAGAGGCAAUCGGUUGUCUUUGUUUAAAUGCCGGAAUAGUGAUUGACUUUUAAUUGUCAGUGCAGACGAACACAAUGGCUUCUGAGGGAGAACAUUGUUGCUCGUGCUGCAGCCCUCCUGUUUCUCCCAGUGUUCACCAGACAGUGAAUGAGAUGGAUUUUGAACGAGGUAUCUGGUCUGCCGCCAUGGAUGGAGACUUGAAGAGGGUCCAGUCCCUAAUCCAAAAAGGCAUCCAUCCAAACAUCAAAGACUCAGCAGGAUACACAGCUCUACACUACGCAAGUCGCAACGGCCAUCUCACUGUAUGUGAGUUUCUUCUUGAGAAUGGUGCUUGUGCAUCUCCUCAGACGCCAGGUGGUGGCACUCCCCUCCAUCGGGCAGCAUUCUGCGGCCGUGCGGAUGUCGUAAGAUUGCUGCUGCACUGUAAAGCUGAUCCGAUGACCUUUGAUGACGACGGUGCAUCUCCUCUACACAAGGCUGCAGAACAAGGUCAUGAAAAGGUGUGUCAGCUGCUUCUUGAGGCCUGUCCUGCACUUUGCAGCCAGAAGAACAAGAGGCUACAGCUACCCUGCCACGUGGCCCCUCAAGAACAUUUGCAGAAGCUCCUAACACAAUUCCUGUAACAAUACACAGGUAGUUGAGCACCACCUGUUCAACAAAGCAUCAAAGCGAGGUCAGCACACUCCGACGUCCCGAGACCAGAUGAAGAUUCUGUGCCUUGCCCAAAGGCAACAUGACCAUGACAAGGAGGCAGAAGUUGCACUACCCCAGAAACCAGUCCUGAUUACCCUUAUCUCUGUUUUUUGGUAUGUGACAAGUCUUGAACUGGCCAGGUCCCCAAACACUGAGUGAAGACCACAUGCAUUGUGAUCGGUACCUCCCUCUUCUAAUGAACUCACAUAGCUUCUGUUUAAAAAACAAAUUUCACCCACAAAGUCUAAAAGUCAACAACAUUCUCAGAUCGUCAUGUCUUAUCACGUUCCACAAUUUCUUUUGUAACAGCAAACGAUACAAUGCCAAAAAAAAUAAAAAUCAAUAGACAUUGUGUAAUGGGUAGAAAAGAAGCUACAUUUAACUCCAGCACAAAAAUGGUGUAAUUGGGCCUCAAGAAAUCAUAUGUUAUGGCACGGAUAGUACAAAGUGUUGUUUGGCGAUACUACCUUUUCUAUGAUCCCAGUGUAUGAUCUAUUGUUGCAUGUUUAAAAGGUACAUCACCCCACAUUUAGCAUUUCACUUCGAUACUGUAUGUUUGCAUUAAAAUGAGCUUAAGUAGUCUUUUGUGGCUGGUAGCAGGAUGCCAAGCAGCAGGGGGAGCCAUCAACCUAAAAGGACAGAGGCGCUUUCAGACAAACCAUGUGGCGUGACCUCAUUCAUCCUCCUUGCAUGUGCUUAGAAAACUAGUCGGUCAGUCUGAAAGACCAUAAAACGUCAGUGUGGCUGCCACAGCUGAUUUUAACACAUAGGGAAGGUAACUAAACAGCAACAUUUGCAAAAGCCAUUUUACAGGUUGACGUUUAUUUUCCAUUUGACGUUCAGAUUUUAAUCGAGUGUUUCCAUGAUGCCAAAACCUACACAUGCCAUAAUUCUCCAGUAACCUUCUGUUUUUGAAUGACUAUUUGCUACAUAUGUCAA